AUGGCCUCCACGCCCACUCUGCGCCAAUUCAGCGCGUGUCUGAGAUGCGUGCGACAAUUACCAAGCGCCAAUGGCACCCGCCGACUCCUCUCCACCUCGGCGGCCGUCCGUGAGGAGGUGCAGACACAACCCACGAAUGCGACUCCCCCUCCACCGCCGUCGAACCCUCCGGAAGGCGCUGCUCAAAAGGCUGGCCCCCAAGAUACCCCGGAAUACAUGCAGAAAUGGGGCACGCUAGACCCCCAGAUGGUGGAGAACAAGAAGCAGGAGCGCCGAUUGCUGCGGAGAGAACAUGUCCAACCUGUUGGUUCCCGUCGUCGCCGUGCCGCCCUUCGUCGGUCGACCCUGCAAAAGACCGAUGAGGUCCCAUUCGAACAGCUGCCGUACCAAUGUUUCCAAGAGGCGAGGAAGGUCUUGUUGGAAGACAGGCAGGAGAAGAUUAAGGAAAUCAAGGUUCAGCAGGAACGGAUAAAGAACCUAAUGGCGCAAGACGCAAGCAUCAGUGGAGGCCCAGCAGCCAAGGAGCACAGACUGCGGAGCAUGAGGAAGCAUCUGAAUGACCUGAUCAUCCUGGCCGACAUCAACGAUCCAGUUGUGAAGCGAAAGUUUGAGGACGGACAGGGUGACAUGAACAAGCCCAUAUACCGCUAUCUUGCCGACCGGAAAUGGCGCCAGUACAAGCGUCUCGUGCUCGAACAACGCGUUACGCAACUUGCCAUCAUCCCCGAUCUUCUCCCGUCUCUCGACUUGGUUGCAGACAUUGAUCUUGGCUUCGGACGAAAGCCAGUCGCGCCCGGUGACUUCGUAGACUCCGCCAUCAGCGAAAAGAUGCCUCGACUCAAUGUUCAAACUUUCACACCCGGUGAGAAACUCGUCACUGUGGUGGUCGUAGACGCAGACGUGCCAGUCCCAGAGAAGGACAGCUUCACCUACCGAUGCCACUUGAUCGCCUCCAACAUCUCCAUCUCGCCUAACAGCACCUCGAUACCACUCCAGCGCAUCGCCCAAGAGGACCAAAAGACAGAGGAUCUCAGUGCCAAGAAGAUCGCACUUCCAUGGUUAGCACCCUGGGCCCACAAAGGAGCGCCUUACCACCGCCUAGGUAUCUUUGUAUUCGAGCAGCAUGACAACCAGCCGCUCGACGUCACCAAGAUCAACAAGGCCAAGCGCAUGGGAUUCAACCUUCGUAGCUUUGCCGAUUCGAACAAGUUGAGCGCGAUCACUGCUACGCUGUUCAGGACGAAGUGGGACGAGAGCAUGGAGGGUGUCAUGGAGCGUAAUGGUUUGAAGGAUCAGAUCGCUGUAGAGUUCAAGAGGAAGAGAGUGGAGCCACUUCCCUACAAGAGGCGCACUGAGCGCAUGCGGUGA